GCUACGUUAAGCGUGGCGCGUGAUCAGCUGGGACUGUGAAGAAACGCUUUGGCAACUCAACUUAGAAAUGUUAUUUGGUAAAUGUGAGAGGCGCUGCGCGAUUUUUCCUCAUAUGAUAAAACUGUGAUGUGACCGAAGUAACUGUAACUGCCCAGAACUGACGAAAUCAGUUUACAGCAGAACCUCCAUCCAUGCAUGCAUAACAAUGGACUCUAAUGGAGCAGCGUAAGAUGAGAUGAAGUCUGUGUGUUUUACGCGGUGAAAUCCGAGCAAAGCCAGAAUCGGAUAAAUGAACUCCAGUGAAGCGCCAAGCUCAGCCAAAAGCACCUCAUGUCGUUUCUGGACUGCACCUGUAUCUCCUCCCACUCACAAGUCCAGUCCAUCAGCAUAGAGGAGCAGUAUGAAGACAUCAGCCAUCAGUGCUCGAGCAGUGAUGUGUCUCCGUGUUCUGUGUUGACGGAUGAAGAUGACAUCACAGAUCUUUCCACUGACUCCGCCCACUAUCAGCUGCUCUCACAACUGGGCCGGGGUUUUAAUAACCUCAGUCAGGUGAGCAUGGCACGACACACACUGUCUGGCCGGCUGGUGGCGGUAAAAAACACUAACCUGGAUGAGUGUACAGAAGAUGAGCUGCUGCAGCUGAUGGUGUGUACAUGCGUAUGUGAACAGCACACUGAUUUGCUGACGUCCAGACUGGUGUUCAGCUCGUGCUGUCAGCUCUGGGUGCUGUCUCCUCUCAUGAGCUAUGGUUCUGCAGACUCUCUGCUCAGGUCGUAUUUUCCGGAUGGAAUGAGCGAGUCUCUGAUGGCGUACCUGCUGUACGGGGUGCUCCGAGCGCUGGAGUACCUGCAUCACAUGGGUUACGUGCACAGGGGUGUGAAGGCCAGUCAUGUGCUGCUGUCAGCUGAAGGCCGUGUGUGUUUGUCGGGGCUUCAGAGCGUGUACAGUCUGAUGAAGGAUGGCAAGAGGAUGAGAGCUGUGUUUGACAUGCCUCAGCACAGUCCGUCUCUGUUGCCCUGGCUGAGUCCUGAGCUGCUGCGACAGGUGACGUUCACACACACUCCAGACACGAAAGCUCUUCCCAACAGUAGCGUUAUAGACAGUAUAUAACCGCAAACAAUGUAUAAACAGCGAGACAACUUAGUGUUUUAAAAAAUGUGAUUGUGGCACAGAUAAUCUAAAAA